AUGCCAUCGUUGCUGUCGCGCUCCCAGCACGAUGCCGCCGUGCUCUCCACCGUGACCCUGCCGCUGGCCCUCGUCGCCGCCUCGACUUUGACCUUUACCUUGACAUAUCCCGCCAAACACUCCCUUUUCGCCAGCGCUGCCGCCUGGCUUUUGCUCUGCGCAUGGGCGACGUCUCGCGUGGGCGCAAAAUCACUGGUGGACGCGCACGCCCCGCAGCGGUUGGCAUGGACAGCGGGGGUGUUGGUGGUGUUGGCGCAAGUCUGUGAGCGGGCGGUGGAUGGCAGAGGAUUGUGGUGGACGAAGGCGCUUCUACCUGUACUGCUUCACGCCUCUGUGCGAGCUGGUGUGUUCGACAGUACCGCUUCUGCUACGAACGGCCCGCCCGGAACUCCCACCAAAUCAAGACCUUCUGCUUCCUCCACCUCCAGCGUGCCCGGGACCAGCCUUGCAGUCCUCACUACAUGCGGUGCGGCCGCAUUGUAUGUGAGCACGGGCUCCAUCACCGUCAGUGCCCUGGGACUAUCGCAUGCAAUCCUCCAGGUGCUCGCCUUACAACUCAUUGAGCGUGCAUGCGGAGCUGGACAGAAUGGAGACGAUGUGGAUGGCUUGCUGUGCCAGAGCACCAUGUCGAAUGGGGAGCAAUGGCUCUCGGUGCUGAGGGACGUUGCAACAGCGGCGACAACGGCCACGGUCGUCGCAGCUUUAUCUCUUGAGAGCUCACACUUCGGUGGUCUGCAAUACUACGGUCGGCUGGGUCAAGCAAUGGGCGAUGAUUGGAUCUUUCGCCAAGCCAUAUUGGCCUCGUUCUACGCGCUGGGUGCCGUUCUUGCGCGCAUAGCGCUGUUUGGUGCUCUUGUACUCAUGAUUCAUCGACAGGCCGCUUUCCUCACCAGCUUUGCUCUUCUUUUUGCCGCUAUCUGCUCGCAGCUUAUCCUCGACUUUACCCCGGCUCGACUCUGGUUCGCAGCGCUAUGCUUUGCCGCCAUCUUCUUCUCCGUUGACGACCAGGCCGCCACCAAGACCAGGAUGAGGGCCCGCCUCCAUCGCAUCACGACCCUGGCGGCGUCACUGUCUCUAGUCGUGCUUGCAUUUUACUACUUCAGCCGACCCACUCAAAGAUCUCACACCAACACCCUGCCGGGAAUCCGGCUGACAGACGGAGACGACGUUGCGCCACCGGUCGCGUCGCUUGCUCCCCUACAGUACAAGAACAACCAUGUGCACCCCAUCAAGAGCCUUGUGGAAGACGCACAAUCGGCGUGGGAGGUCAAAUUGCGAUCUCAAUCCCAGACCCUCGAAGCUGCCGUUGCGGAAUACAGACGACGAUACGGCAUCCCUCCACCGCCACAUUUUGAUAAGUGGUACCAAUUUGCUCACCGGAAAGGCGUGCAGCUUAUUGAUGAGUAUGACACCAUCUACCACUCGCUUCUACCAUUCUGGGCAUUAUCCCCGAAGACCAUCAGAUCGCGAGCGAGAGAAUCUCUUGGGUUCGGCGAUAACAACCUCAUGGGUUUGCUCAUUCGUGAAGGUAAAGUCUCCCACGUCGAAGGUGGUCAGGAAUGGUUACAGCAGGCUGCAGUAGGCAUGAUGGAGCAAUUCAUCGACUACCUGCCCGACAUGGAUCUACCGUUCAACAUCCACGACGAGCCACGCGUUGUGGUGCCACAUGAUCGGCUUUCCCAACUGGUGGAAAUCGCUCUAAAGACAAACAUGCCUGCAGCUGCAGCCCAACAAUCGCCAAGCAACGCCUUUUCACGCAGGCCCAACGACGUGGUCAGUCAUGGUAAGCGGCUGGCCGAGGUGAAAACUACACGCUUCAACGUCUAUGCGCAUCAACCGACGUGGAUCCCAUCCCGAAUGUCAUGCCCUCCGCACAGCCCAGCACGUGCGUUGGAAGAGUCGCUUGAGCAGGACAAUCUCACGGCGUAUGCUUUGGGAGAGUUGGGCUUCAUCUACAACCACACCGCCUUCUCCGAUGUCUGCAACUCGCCUUCCUUCGGCCAUUCGCACGGCUUCUUUGAAAGACCAAAUUCCUUCAAUGUCGUCCAUGACCUCUUCCCGGUCUUCAGCCAGAGCAAGAUGUCAAGUUUCCAGGACAUUGUGUAUCCCAGUCCAUGGUACUGGUAUGGAAAAGUCCAAUACAAGGAAUCCGCGGACAUAAGCUGGUCAGCAAAAAUCAAUAAACUCUGGUGGCGAGGAAGCACGACUGGAGGCUUCAGUCGGAAUGGAGGAUGGAAGCGACAGCAUCGACAGCAGUUCGUCCGCACAGUGAACGCUCUUGACAAGGCCAGGAUUCUCUCCAGCAGUAAUUCUGCCGUUACGGACGCAACACAGCAGUCCAGCUGGAUUACGAAACAAGUCCCACGACAGGACUACAAGGAAAUCAUGGACGUAUACUUCWCCCAUGUCGGGCAAUGUGAUCCGGGCGACUGUGAUGCGCAGAGGGAGUUUUUCAAAGUAGUCGAGCCGGCUGAACAGCAGGAAGCGUGGAAGUAUAAGUACCUCCUCGACAUCGACGGCAACGCCUUUUCGGGACGCUUCUAUGCGUUUCUGAAGAGCCAUAGUCUGACAUUCAAGAUGGCGGUGUUUCGAGAAUGGCAUGAAGAAUGGAUCAAACCUUGGGUUCACUAUGUGCCGUUGACGCUGCAGGGCGAGGAGGCAUUGGAGGCCGUGAGGUACUUCGAUGCGGAAGAGGAGGGCAAACCUCUCGGGGUGGGGAUUGCAGAGACGGGGAGAGAAUGGGCGGGGAAAGCGCUGAGGAACGAGGACUUUGAAGUGUGGUUCUUUAGGUUAUUGUUGGAAUACGGUAGGGUCAUCGAUGAUCGCAGGGAAGAGAUCGGGUUUUCUGUGGCAUAG